AUGUUAUAUUUAAUAGUAAUAUUGUGCAUUGUUAAUUCUUCAGCAUAAUUUGGAUCUGAAUACUAUUCAGAAUGGUAAUCAGGGAUAGAUCGAACAAUAAAUAAAUAAUCAGAGUUUACAAAUCCUUCAUUUCCAAUUAGGUAAUACACCUAAAUAGUAUUUCCACGAAGAUUUAGUGCGUAUAUGAUAAAAUCAUAGUAGUCGCCCAUAAGUAUUAUUAAUGCAUGAGGAAAUUCAAUGGAGUAAAGGAAAAAAUAUUAAUUACUAAACAUAUGUAUCAGACAUAACAAUAAAUGGUUUUUACAUAAACUAUGUAAUUUGGGGACCUGCAAUAAUACCAAUAAUGACUGUAAGAUGGAUUGCAAUUGUUGAUGACGAGGCUGAAAUUUAAUAUGUGCAAUAUUCUUAAGAAGAUUUGUAUUAACUAAGAUAGGGUUUUGGUUAAAGAUCUUAAGACUUUCUGAUUUCAUAUUAUCCAAAGUAUCCAGCCCCAAAAGUAACAGCAUUUAUUGUAGGUGCAGACUUUGAAAUUAUUGAUUCAUUGUACACAAGUAUAUAGAUUGUAAUGGGAAUACCAACAUCAUCAAGUAUGGAUGUAAGGUUUUCUACAAGAGACUUCUGUCAUGUGAGAUCUUUGACAGUCGCAUAUUUUAUCUCAAAUAAUUAUUUAACUCUAGCUGGAUCUGUUGGAGCUUAUCAUAAUUAUUUUAAUCAAUAUCUUGAUAAUUCAAAUAAAUUAGCUAUCAGAGCAUAAAAAUUCACAAGAAUAGUACCAUCAAUAUAUACUUUGGAACCAGGAAACAAUAUUUUAGCUUAAGGAAUUAGCGGUUUUGAUGUUAAUACUUAAAUUGGUUCAGCUUAUCUUAGAGUAACUUGUGAGCCUAUGAUAUCGUAUUCUUCAACCUAUACAUUAAUAUAUGGAACCAGUAUUAAUUAUAUUAAUAAAAGGGGGUGAAACAUUACUAUCUUAUAUGUAGGCUAGUUACGUCUUACAUCCUCCAGGUUCUCCAUAUCAUUAUUAUUAUAAAAACUAUGAUUGGAUUGUACUUAAAGGGGAUUAAGUAGUAUUAAAAGAAAAAGUUUAAGAGGAAAAAAAGAUUAGUGAAUUAAAUAUCAAAUGAUU